AUCGGUUAUGUUUAGGAUAAACUAAUCUAUUGUGUAAAAUGAUCCUUUCUCGCUCAAAACCGGCCACAGAGAGUCGUACCGGCAGCCAUUCGGCCAAGAAGAAUUUCCCAGAGUUUGAAGAUUUCAUAUUGAAAAGGGAUUACGUUGGCGCGAUUACUUUGCUUGAAUUCCACAAAUACGAAGGCCGAGAGGACGUAUGGCUUGAUGUUUGGUCUGCGUGGUGCUGGUUCCACCUGGGCGACUACAGACGUGCGCUGGACUUGUAUCUACAGAUGCAAAAACGGGAUAACUUGGACACACGCAUUUCUGACAACUUGCCCAUUGAUCUCGCCGUCUGCUAUUUCUAUUUAGGCAUGUACAAAGAGUCGCAAGAGGCAAUAAAGGAUGCACCGGAUUGUGCACUAAAGAACCGUCUGCAGUUGCACUUGGCACACAAGCUGGGUGAUGAGGAGGGUGUGAUGGCGGCGCACGCGGCGUUACGCGAUGUACCCGAAGACCAGCUCAGCCUGGCAGCAGUGCACUACUUACGCGCUCACUAUCAGGAGGCCAUCGAUGUCUACAAAAAACUCUUGCUCGAUAGACGAUAUAAAAGAUACCAAACUGACGCUAUUGAAUGGAUUAAAGUAUUAGCUCACACUAAUUGCACGUACCUUGCGCUGAACGUGUACGUGGCGCUGUGCUAUUACAAGCUGGACUACUACGACGUGUCCCAGGAGGUGCUCGGGGUGUACCUCGCGCAGCAUCCCACCUCCACCAUCGCUGGUAACCUGAAAGCUUGCAACUUGUUCAGGUUGUAUAACGGUAAAGCAGCGGAGAACGAAUUGAAGCAGAUAUCAUCAGAGCAGCACACCUUCGGGCAGGACCUGGUGCGACACAAUCUUAUCGUG